AUAUUUUUAAGGGCUUAGCCCAGCCCAUGUCAGGCCGACCACAAAUGAUCAAUCUUCUUGCUCUUUCACUUCAUCCUCUAAAAUUAAUACCGAAGUUUCAACGUAAUCUGAAGAGCUACAGCAGCCUCAAUAACAACAAAACAUGGUUGGGACUCAAUCGGAGAGAGAUGACAAGGUCUCGUUGGAACUCAGUGAAGAGAUUCUUCAAAGCAUGGAAGUGGGCAUGGCGUUCAGAGAUUAUAUUGGGAGAAUCAGCUCAAUGGACUUUCAUAAAACUUCAGGUUUCUUGGUGACUGCUAGUGAUGAUGAAUCCAUUCGUCUGUAUGAUGUUAGCACUGCUACAUGUUUGAAGACUAUUAAUAGCAAAAAGUAUGGGGUGGAUCUUGUUUGCUUCACUGCCCAGCCUACAACAGUAAUAUACUCAUCAAAAAAUGGUUGGGAUGAAUCCUUGCGACUUCUUUCCUUGCAUGACAACAAGUACUUGCGGUAUUUCAAAGGUCACCAUGACAGGGUUGUUUCACUUAGCUUGUGCUCCCGCAAAGAGUGCUUUAUCUCAGGUUCUCUGGAUCGAACAGUUUUGCUUUGGGAUCAACGGGCUGAGAAGUGUCAGGGUCUUUUACGCGUGCAAGGAAGGCCUGCUACAGCAUAUGAUGAUCAAGGGCUUGUCUUUGCUGUAGCUUUUGGAGGAUACAUAAGAAUGUUUGAUGCUCGAAAGUAUGAGAAGGGUCCUUUUGAAAUCUUCUCUGUUGGUGGAGAUGUAUCAGAUGCAAAUGUUGUGCAGUUCAGCAAUGAUGGGAGACUUAUGCUUCUAACAACUAUGGGUGGACAUAUUCAUGUGCUUGAUUCUUUCCGUGGCACACUUUUGUCUACAUACAAUGUGAAGCCAGUUUCGAGCAAUUCCACAUUGGAGGCAUCUUUCAGCCCUGAGGGAAUGUUUGUUGUAUCAGGUUCUGGUGAUGGUAGUGUUUAUGCAUGGAGUGUGCGGAGUGGGAAAGAAGUUGCAAGUUGGAUGAGUACUGAAAAUGAGCCUCCUGUCAUAAAAUGGGCGCCUGGAAAUCUAAUGUUUGCUACUGGUUCAUCAGAGCUAUCAUUUUGGAUUCCUGAUUUAUCUAAAUUGGGAGCUUAUGUUGGAAGGAAGUAAUAUCAAGCAUAAUUGGUGAUAGUUAAAUCGUACAACAGCCUGACAGACCUUGUAUGUGUUCUCUUUUUUUGCAGAACUCUGUUGAGGUAACAUGUGUACAGGAACUUCAGUAAUUGCUGAAAGAAGAAUUUUUCUGUAGAAUGCUAUUAUAAGUUCAACAUUUAAUGUAAGGAACAUUUUACCAUGUAUCUUUUGAUGUAUGCAUUUAUGUAUUGUUAACUUUUUGGCA